UAUCACAUCAAUGGAGUUUUGGGGUGUCGAGGUGAAAAGUGGGGAGAUUCUGCCCGUUAUGUCUUGUGUGGGCAUGCUUUUGCGUCUGUCUCAGGCUACUCUUGGUAAGCUGAAAGAGGAGAAAGGAAAUGAAUCUGUUUGCUUGUUUGCAACUAUUGAUGGAAAGAAGCUAGUCCUUGCAACACUGUAUACUACAAAUUUGCCUCAGCAACAUCUGGGCAUGGUUUUUGACAGAGAUUUUGAGCUAUCGCAUGACUGUAAAAAUGGAAGCGUUUACUUCUAUGGAUAUAGGAUCAAUAACCCUAUAAGAGAAGAAUAUCCUUUUUACUUUUUUUUUUUGUACUUAAAUCUAAUGUUAGAUGAAUCUGAACCUGAAUCUGAAGAGACCAUCCCGCAUACUGUUGCAAGUGAUGAGGUGAAACCCAAAGAUGAUAAUUCUCUCUCAACUUCCAUUCCUCAGUCUUUUUGCAACAUGGAUGUUGAAAGGACGAUACUGUCUGAGGAACAUUAUGCACUGCUUUCUUCAAUGUUGCUUUACCCAGCAUCGCCCUCUUUCCUCCUUCACGCACAAAGAAAAAACAAAGCUAAAAAGGAAUCUAGAAAUACCGUCCGCAAAGAAGUAUGGGAGGCUAUUAUCCCAUAUGUCAAGGCCUCCGAAGAUAGGGCAGCAGUGUCUCUGGUGUGCAAAAGCUGGUUUCAAAUCGACAAGGAUACUCGAGAGCACGUUACUGUAAAGUCAGCUUACGUUGCAAAACCAGAAAGACUUUUCCGGCGUUUCCCAAACCUCCGUUCGUUGAAGAUAAAGGGAAUGUCGCCGGAAAUGAAGCAUAAUUUUUGGGUGGGCUCGAGGGAUAAGAUAACGCCGUGGUUCACAGAGAUUGUGAAGCAGCCUAAAAUCGAGGCAGUUGACGUUAGGAGGAUGAUAGUAUCAGAUGGUGAUCUAGAGUUACUUGUAACUUCAAAUUUGAGGAAGGCUCUUGAAGUGCUCAAGCUCCAAGAAUGUGAAGGAUUCUCCACCCAUGGAUUGCUGAAUGUCACUCGUCAGUGCAGGGGAUUGAGGACCUUAUCUCUGGAAAGGAGCAACAUAAUUGAUCACAGUGGAGAAUGGCUCCAUGAGCUUGCUUUAAACACUUCAACUCUGGAAAAUUUGAACUUCUACAAGACUGGGCUUGGCCAAGCUAUGCCCAAAGACCUUGAACUCAUAAGCAGAAACUGUGCAUCUUUAGUCUCAGUGAAGAUUACUAAUGGCCAUCUUAAUAAUCUUAAUGUUUUCUUUGAAGCUGCUACAGCGUUGCAAGAAUUUGGUGCGGCAUGUUGUCGAGAUAUUACAAUUGAGGAGUUCGAAGAGGUUUUCAGUGAGUUUGUUGAAUCGAUUGAUGAAUUAAUCAAUUUAGAUGUACAAUUUCCUCACAGCUUAAGCCACUUGAGUCUUAUUUCCUUUGGGAGUGCCAGAUUGUCGAUCCUACUUUUAAUUGGUUCCAGAUUCAAAAAAUUGGAUCUCCAGGACGCUCUCCUCGACACCAAAAACCAUUGUGACUUAUUGGCGGAGUGUCCUAAUUUGGAAAUUUUAAAGACAACAGAGGUCAUUGGAGACGAAGGAUUGGAAGUUGUUGCCUCAAUUUGUAAGAAAAUGAAAAAGCUAAGGAUUUAUAAGCACAAAGAAGAUCAAGCUGUUGAAGGUGUGAUUACAGAACAAGGAUUGAUUGCUUUGUCAAACGGAUGCACUGAACUCGAAUAUCUGACAAUAUAUAUGUCUUCCAUCACAAAUGAAGCUUUGAAAUGUGUGGGCAGAAACAUGAAGAAGCUUUGGGAUUUUCGGUUAAUGUUGUUUGUUGUAAACCCACAACAGAAAUUGAGGCAGAGGGUGCUUGACAUGGGAGUUCGGUCUUUGUUGAAGGGUUGUCCUGACCUCACUAGGCUUUCUCUGCUCUUUUACACUUAUUGGCUGACAGGGAAUGGAAUUAAAUCUAUCUGUAAGUAUGGAAAAAAAGUGAAAGUGAUGCAAUUGGGCAACAUUGUGAGGUCUGAUGAAAUGUUGAAAUUUUUUGAAAAUGACAGCCGAAGCCGCCUUUGCAAUCCCAUUGGCCUGCAAAAGUUAGAAACAUUAGAUUUGUGGAACUGUUGUUUCAGUGGUACUGCACUAACAGAGGCUGUAAGGAAGCUAAAUUCUCUGAGGUUUUUGUGGAUACAAGGAGAAGUUUUUGGAAAUAUGCUGCCACACUUUGUUGUAGAGACUUUUGAACGUAAUAAACGUUAUCGUACUUCAACCCACCAUCUAGCAAACCGUUCACUUGACGGGUUGUAGUACGGGAUCCGCCACUUGUUAACUAACCCACUAGAUGGUGAGACACACGUUUUCUGCUGGAUAUUUUUUCCUUCUACGUUGGUUUGUCAUGUUGAUCAGCGAAAGGAUAUGCUUUUUCUUUUUUUUUUUUUUUCAUGAAGCAGAACAAAUGUCAUCUGCUGCUGCAAUAUUAAGACAUCUAGCAUUUUAUUAGAACAUCUUAGUACAUGCUGCUUUAGAAACUUGUGAUUCGAAAUUCCCGUUUGAUAUACGAGGCAUCAAUACUUGAUUGUUGCAUGUCUCUUGCUGAA